AUGGAUAUUUUUACAGACGGAAUGAUAAUGUUUCCUGCUUCUGGUGUUUUCGCUAGCUUGGGUGGAAUGGGCGUAUCGCUAUUUUUCGUCUCAACAGUGAUUUCCCAAUUCAUCUACUCGUUCGGCGGGAGUCAGUUCGCAGGUGCGAAUGGGAGUAUGAUGAUCGAGACAGUCCCGUUCUUCCAUAUCAUUGCGUCGACGAUAGAGAGAGAGAUCGGAAAAGAGCACGUGCGUGAAGUAAUCGCGACAACGCUCGUUGCAUAUGCCUUGUCCUCCGUUUUGACGGGACUGACGUUCCUCCUACUGGGAUACCUGCGUCUCGGUGUCAUCAUCGGAUUCUUUCCGAGACAUAUCCUCGUCGGGUGCAUAGGUGGAGUUGGCGUGUUCCUUAUUUUGACAGGAUUGACAGUUAGCACCCGUCUGCCCUCCGAUGCUCUCGAUCCACCUACGUGGGACACCCUCCAAUAUUUAACGACGAACACACAUGCACUUGGACAGUGGAUGCCGCCUCUGGCCCUAGCUAUCCUGAUGAGGAUUAUUACAUCCCGGUGGAAGCAUCAACUCGUGUUUCCAAUCUAUUUCUUGGUGAUACCAGUGGUGUUUUAUGUGAUAGUUAUCGCUGCAGGUCUCGAUCUAGACAGGUUACGAAGGGACGGAUGGCUGUUCGAUUCUGCAGGAACGACUGGGUCCGAAGGUUGGUAUGAGUUCUAUACCUAUAUCGACCUCGGUUUGAUUAAGUGGACGCCGAUGUGGAAUACGUUGCCGACGCAGUUUGCACUGUUGUUCUUUAAUAUUUUGCAUCCACCCCUCAACGUCCCCGCCUUGUCUGUUUCGUUGAAUCAAGACAUCGACACGAACAAGGAACUCGUCGGACAUGGAUUGUCGAAUUUGAUUUCUGGAUUUCUGGGUUCUGUGUAUGCUCGUCUCCUUCUCCGUCGUGCGAUGUUCUACCGCGUUGGAGGAGGGAACAGAAUCGCAGGGUUAAUGCUUGCUCUCGUGACCCUUCUCAUCCUGAUGGUCGGCACGGCACCGGUUGCAUACAUCCCGGUCGUCGUCGUCGGUGCAUUAAUUUUUGCGCUUGGAAUUGACCUUGUCAAGGAGGCAUUGUGGGAUACAAGGUAUCGCGUGAGUUGGACGGAGUAUGUGACUAUCGUGAGCAUCAUGGUGACGAUGACUGUGUGGGAUUUCGUGAUUGGCGUGCUUUUCGGGAUAAUUGUCAGUUGUGUUUUCUUUGUCGUACAGAACUCACGGCGGCGGAGUAUUCGAGCGUGCUACCCUGGCAAUGCAGCCAUGUCCACUGUCCGCCGUCCAGCUGCACACAGGGCCUACAUCCACGACGUCUCGAAGCAAACACGUAUUAUGCAACUACAAGGUUUCCUUUUCUUUGGAACGAUCAUGCGCGUCGAGGAAAAGUUACGGAGUAUUGUCGAGGAUCCGGACUGGCGAACCAACCCUGUACGGUUCAUCAUCGUUGACUUGACACUCGUACCUGGUGUGGAUAUGUCCGCUGGGGAGGCGUUCGUAAGGGUACAAAGGUUGCUUGCUGCGAAGGGUGUCGUGCUGGUAUUUUGCGGUGUGGAGAGUGAGUUGGGCGUGGGGAAGGCACUGGCGAAUUCGGGGAUUUUGGAGGAGCAAGGAGUGGAGGUUUUUGAGUCCUUAAAUGAUGCGUUGGAAUGGACGGAGAAUGAGUAUUUGGGGGCGUGGUUCAGGUUGCAAAGAGCGGGAAGUGUGCCUGUCGCGUUGCCUGAACGACAAGGGGAGGGGGUUGGAUUCCAUGAGGCACUAGUAGGAUCGCCUAGAGAACGCUAUUUGCGUGAUGCGGGAAAUCGAACGAUUGUUGGCGCGGGCUUGUAUCUGUCCCGCACAGAGCCUUUCUCGAGCGGCAUUGCGCCAGAGCCACUCAACACGCUCCUAAAGGCCUUCCAAUCAUAUGAGGAAAUCGAUCGCGAUGUGCUUGUUCGCCUAUCCACUUACUUCACUCGUCUCUCGCUCCCUUCCGGACAUGUCCUCUGGGACGUUGGCGACACUCCAGACGGUCUGUACAUCAUCCAAUCAGGCGUUCUCCGUGCAUCAUACCGCUUCGGAUCCCACACGCGCAUCAUUGGGGAGUCGAUGGUGUCGGGCGCCUUAGCGGGAGAACUCUCAGGAUUGUCCGGAUUACCAAGGAACGCGAGGGUCGCCGUGGAGCGAGAAGCAGUGGUGUGGUGGCUGGGAAGGGAGGCAUUGAGGAGACUUGAGAGAGAAGAUGCAGAGUUGGCAUGGACGUUUGUGAGGAUGGUGUUGAAGGCUGCACAGGUGGAUACAGAUGUAUUACUUGCAGCACUUGCAAGUCGGUAG